UUAUUUUUACCUUUUGGUCUAUUUGUGAAAAUUUCCCAUGAUUUAAAGUGAUUGGCCCAAAGUGUUUGAUCCGGUCCAAUUAGAAAAUCAAUGCCCAAGAUCUCGAAUAACCAAACCCUACUUCCGCCUGUCUUUAUACCGUUUCUCUACCAAUUCAUCCGAGCUAUCAUCUCUCUACCGCUCAUAUCUCAAUCAGACGGCCGUACGCUCUCUCAGUUUGCAUAUCCUCUUCCCCUUAGAUUUGCCAAGAUGAUGAACGAUGAGGGACAAUUUAUGGAUCUCUAUGUCCCAAGGAAGUGCUCUGCCACAAACAGGCUGAUCACUUCAAAGGACCAUGCUUCUGUCCAAAUCAAUGUUGGCCAUUUGAAUGAUGAUGGUGUAUUUAAUGGAAAGUCCACCACUUUUGCCUUGUGCGGAUUUGUCCGUGCUCAGGGAGACGCUGACAGUGCUGUUGACAGGCUCUGGCAGAAGAAGAGACAUGAACUCAAGCAGUGAUCACUCCUGCUCUUAGUUUGCAUUGAGUUUCCUUGUCAGUGCUAUUUGAGAUUUACUUCACUAUUUAGUAGCUGCAAUUAGCAUUGUUUGUACCUUUUUUGCGUACUACUUGCCUUGAUCUUGGUUUUAUAUUUCUAAAGACUAUAAAGACAGACAAUGGAGCACUUGUUUGCGUAGUAAAUUUGAUUUGAGAAGUUUUCUGCGUGUUAUGUCAUUCUGUGUUUCUAUUUUUUUCUCAUAGAUUUAUUCUGCUGUCCAGACAAUGGAGCACUUGUUUGCUAAAUGCUUGGAAAAACCUAAAAUUCUUUAAAGUUUUAUUGGGAUUUCUUUGUAUCACUCUCUGUCCUCUUUUGGUCCCAUUUCCGACCUUUCACUAGGUCUGUUAAUAUUUGUUUACGAACUGCACCAACCUCAG